AUGGGUGUUGCAACGGAGUUUGAAACCUUUGAACAACAGUGUCUGGAACUCAUUCGAGAAUUUCAAACAAUAAGUUCAUCCGAGCAUCACCUCCGUGAGGCGUUGCGAGCCGAAGCAACACGGGCGGAGGUGGCGGAGGCCGAACGCGACGCAGCGUUGCGACUAAAGGUCGAAGCCUGCGGCAACGCCGCUGCCGCCGCUUCUGGCGCUGCACAAGCUGCAGCAACACUCACCAAAGUGCUGGAUGAACUGGCUGCCACGAAGAUGCAGUUUGAACUAGCCGAGCGUCACAGAAUAAUUCUGGAAGAAAAAUGUUCUGGAAUGUCUACAGAAAGGGAAGAAUUGCAAAGGGAAGUACACAAGUUAAGACCCCUACAGAGUACGCAAGAGAAAAUUCAGCGCCAAUACGUAGAGCUACAAGAGAAAACACAAAAUGCUGUAUGCGAAGCUCGAAGGGAAGCAUCUCGUUUAGAAGACGAGCUUCGAAGAGUAGAAAAAUGUGCAAGUGCUGGAAUGGAAAUAAGGAACCGAGCACGAUUGGCGGCAGCGGCACUCGUGCGCGAGAGACGCUUGGCGGCCGCUGAACUGCAGCAUGCUACACAUGAAUUACAUAAUGCUAAAGCGGAAGCAACAAAGCUUGGAGCUUUAGUAGCGGAUUUGCAAUGCCGUGUGACGAACUCAAGUAGCACAUUAAAUUUGAAGACAAAAGACCCUAAUGAAGAAGCGUUGAUAGAAUGCCGAGCCGCACUUGAGGCGGAACGAGCUGGUGCAACACGUUUAGAGCGAGCCCUGGCGUCAGCUCUUGCUGACAACGCGGCUCUGGCCGCUCAGCUCCAUACCGCUGAUAAUGAUACCACGCUCUUACCAGCUUCACCUCGUCCAUCAACUGAUCUUUUUACGAACGUAUGUCCCAUAGAUUCCUUUCUUGGUGAAUACAAUUAA